GGUGGCAGGCAAGUCUGGGCUUGAUUUUCUCCAGCUGAUGAAAUAGGGAGGUGCGGCCUUAAAGGCCCGCCUCUCGGCCGGAGGGCCACUGCCAUUCGAGGGCUGGGUCCUUUGCGGCAUCCGCCGCCAGCCCCUCGCAGGAAGCCAAGCCGGCGUCAGGAGACGGUUGCAGAAGCACCGAAGGCCGGCAGCUUGUCUCCGCGGUGCUGGCCGCACUGCCAGGGCCCCAUGGUGCCGGUGCGCGCGUGGGUCCGCUUACUGCUGAAGCCCCGUGGACCCGGACUGGCACCUGCUCCGGGCGGCGGAAGGCUCUGCCUCCUGGCCUCUCUGGUCCGGCAUCAGCACCUCCGUCCCCCGGGGCUGACAAUGGCUUCGGGCUCCGAGGGGCAGCUGCAGCCCGCUCCGUCCCGGGGUUGGCCCAUGGAUAAACAUGAGAAAAAUGAAAGGGACCGAAAGUCACUGAUCUGUAUCGAAGGUAAUAUCGCGAGUGGAAAAACAACAUGCCUGGACUACUUUUCUAAGAUGACCGACAUUGAGGUUUUGACAGAGCCCGUGUCUAAAUGGAGAAAUGUCCGUGGCCACAAUCCUCUGGGCUUGAUGUAUCAGGAUGCCUCAAGAUGGGGAAUAACCUUUCAGACUUAUGUGCAGCUUACCAUGCUGGACCAGCAUACCAGGCCUCAGAUUUCAUCACUGCGGAUGAUGGAGCGGUCAAUUCACAGUGCCAAGUAUAUUUUUGUAGAAAAUUUGUAUAAAAGUGGCAAGAUGCCUGAAGUGGAUUACGUGGUCUUAUCUGAAUGGUUUGACUGGAUUGUGAAGAACAUCGAUGUUUCAGUCGAUUUGAUAGUUUAUCUCCGGACCUCUCCUGAGAUUUGUUACGAAAGAUUGAAGAUGAGAUGCAGGGAGGAGGAAAAAAUCAUUCCACUGGAAUAUUUGGAAGCCAUCCACCAGCUGUAUGAGGAGUGGCUCAUUAAGCAAACCCUUUUCAAAGUGCCCUCUCCUGUUCUGGUAAUUGAGGCCAACCAGGACACACAGACGAUGCUGGAACUCUAUGAGAAAAACCGGGACCAAAUAUUAACUGCAGGGGAUAUGAAACAUCACUUAUAGAAUCAGGAAAACUUAUGUGAUUGUAGUAGUAGCCUAUCAGGGUCUGUCAGUUUAGCCAUGAGGAAUAACUUUUUAAGGUACACUCAAGUGAAUUUUCUAUCACAAAUUAUUAAAGUAAAUGUAUAUACAUACACAUUCAACAUGCUAUAACAUACAUGAAAUGCAUGUACAUGUAUAUGUAUAUAUGUCUUCAAUAUACUAAUUAUUGGAGUAUACAUAGAUACACAGGUUUGUGUAUAUAUGUAUGUCUUCAGUACAUUUGAUGGUGUUCUUCUAUUACUCGAGUGUCUACCAUGGAGCCUAUUGAUGUGAUCCAUCUGAUUUUUCGAUGUGACCUGCCUGAGCUUUUUAGCAAAAAAAAAAAAAAAAAAAAAAAAAAUCACUUAGCAUAACUAUGUGGCAGGCCAUUUAA